GGGCGGACCACGAUGCCCGGCCGGCGAGCGCUGCCCGCCCGCCCUCCCGGAGACCGCUGCCCGUAGCGGGGCCGCCGCGCCGCGGGGAUAUAAACUUUUGAGCAGUGCCUCCCCAAGAAGUGUGAUGAGAAAUGGCUUUAGGAAACAAUACCCAGAGAAGUUAUUCCAUCAUCCCCUGUUUCAUCUUUGUUGAGCUUGUCAUCAUGGCUGGGACUGUUCUGCUCGCCUACUACUUCGAGUACACUGACACUUUUCAGGUGCAUAUCCAAGGUUUCUUCUGUCAGGAUGGCAAUUUGAUGAAACCAUACCCUGGGACAGAGGACGAGAGCUUCAUUUCACCACUCGUGCUGUACUGUGUGCUGGCUUCAUCUCCGACAGCGAUUAUUUUUAUUGGUGAGAUAUCCAUGUAUUUCAUAAAGUCAACCCGAGAAACCCUCAUUAUUCAAGAGAAAACUAUUUUGACUGGAGAGUGCUGUUACCUGAACCCACUGCUUCGCAGAAUAAUACGUUUUAUAGGAGUGUUUGCAUUUGGACUUUUUGCCACUGACAUCUUUGUAAAUGCUGGCCAGGUUGUGACUGGGAACUUGGCUCCCUACUUCCUGACUGUGUGCAAACCCAACUACACUGGAAACGACUGUCGGGCCCACCACCAGUUCAUAAACAACGGCAACAUCUGCACAGGGGAUGUGGAGGUGAUUGAAAAGGCCAGGAGAUCCUUUCCAUCCAAACAUGCUGCUUUGAGCAUCUACUCAGCUUUAUAUGCCACGAUGUACAUCACAAGCACUAUUAAAACAAAGAGUAGCAGGCUAGCCAAGCCCGUCCUUUGUCUGGGAACCCUGUGUGCUGCCUUCCUCACUGGGCUAAAUCGAGUGUCUGAGUAUCGAAACCACUGUUCAGACGUGAUCGCAGGCUUCAUCCUGGGAAGUGCUGUAGCCUUGUUUCUGGGGAUCUGUGUUGUCCAUAACUUUAAAGGCAGUCAUGCAGCUCCUUCUAAACCGAAGCCUGAAGACCCACGAGGAAUGCCACUAAUGGCUUUUCCCAGGGUGGAAAGUCCUCUGGAGACACUGAGUGCACAGAAUCACUCUGCCUCUAUGACUGAAGUAACCUGAGAUGGGAGAUCAGCAGCCGAAGCUAUUUUUUACUACCCUCCAGUAAAAUACUCCAAGACACACAGUUACUAAAUGUCUAACUCUGAUGACCAGUAUUAUGUUAUGUCUAGUUAGAGGCUAAUGUUUUGUACUUUUUUUGUAUGAGGAAGUGAUGUAGCUUGCCCUGAUUUUUUGUCAGCUUUAAUAUUAUUAUGCCAGACUUUAAAAGCAAAACAGAAAAAGAACAAAAAAAAACCUUUUCUUGUUUAAAGUGUGCACUGAGGAACUACAUCUAUGGAAUUGUUGAUGUUGUUAUGUGAUAUUUGUACACAAUUUUUUUUCUUCUCAGUUUUGAAUUUAUAUAUCUUGGGGGGAAAAAAUUCACUUUUACCUUUUCUUACCAUAAGAAGCUCUGGGUCAGAUUCUCCUCUGAGUAAACUCAGCAUGGAUCUGAAGUAAUUGCAUAUAUUUAAUUCAUAUUAACAGUGAUCAGGAAUCUAACCUGAAUGAUACUAUCAACAAGAAACAAAAAUCCAUCCUUGAUUCAGUGAGCUACUUAAGUGUUCCCUAGGAGUUAAUGGACUUCAGUUACCACCCAGUUCCCAGACUAGAAGAAGCAUGUUCUUAAGCACCUCAUUGAUUCAAAGCCAGAUUGUUCUAGUGUGGGUGAUUGUGCCAGUUAUUGAAGAAUAACUAAAACAACAUCCUUGGUCUGCAGUAUAGACAGACAGGACGUCAAAAUUUAUAGUAGUAGCUGAUAGCAUGUGAGCUGACUAUAUCAUCUUCCUAGACCCUCAUUCCUCCCCAAGGCCCAGCUAAAGCUCCCAGUGAAACCUGGCUUCAGGAAUUGACUAUGGGGAUAUACAGCCACCACUGCGGGGCUGAGGCUGCGCUGUAAGUGUUUCAUCAUUUCAUCAUAGAUUUGUGGGGUAACUAGUGACACUGGUGCAAAGGAAAAGUGGCACCACUCCUUCACCACGGUGGCAUUCCUUGGCAUUCACAUUGGCAUAGCCAAGAAGCCAGUUUUGCUGCCCAAAAUGUAUUUUUUUUUUCCUGAGGAGCUUUGACAAGCCAAGAAAAAAAAAAGACAGAAAGGAAAGAGAAGACAGAAAGAAAGACAGACAGAAAGAAAAAGAGAGACAGAAAGACAGAAAGACAGACAGAAAGAAAGAAAGAAAGAAAGAAAGAAAGAGCUGAGUCUGUAGUAGCAGUCUGCAUUUUUUUGUGAAUUCCGCCAUACAGAUCAAAACUGCUAUUUUACAAUUCAACAACUUUGUCUAAGCAUUAUAAAGACAACUAAGUAUGGAUUGGGAAUGGGAAGAACAACAAAAAAAAAGCCCACUUACAAUGGUUACAACUAGAGCAGAGGCUUCAUUAAAUGAUUUUUCACUGUUUCUAGGAUUUUCCUGCAUCUCAUUCUAGCAUGGUGAUAACUGCUGUAUGUCUCCUUUAAAGAAUGGAGCCUCUGUACUUUUAUUGGAAUGUUUACCUCACAUUUCCAUGUUGGUUCUUCUUGGCUUUUUUUUUUUUUUUUUUUUGGUAUAUUUUUUCCAAAACAAAAGCAAAAAAAUUUAUCAAAAAAGCAAACACAUGAGCCAGUCUUUCAUUUGCCUAUGACACAAAGAAAAUCUGGAAUGUC